AUGGCACGAGCAUUGGGGUGUCACCGUAGCGACUCUCAGGGAUCUGAGAAGCAGCACCCAAGGAUCAGUAUCAUCUUAUCGCAGCUCCUUUUGGCUUUCAUUCCAGCGGAGGAGUCCCUGGCAUGUGACAACCCAGGGUUGCCUGAAAACGGGUACCAAAUCCUGUACAAGCGACUGUACCUGCCUGGGGAGUCUCUCACCUUCAUGUGCUACGAAGGCUUCGAGCUCAUGGGAGAAGUAACCAUUCGGUGCAUCCUGGGGCAGCCAUCCCACUGGAACGGGCCGCUGCCCGUUUGCAAAGUUAAUCAAGACAGCUUUGAACAUGCUUUGGAAGUAGCAGAAGCGGCAGCGGAGACGUCCCUGGAAGGGGGAAGCAUGGCACUGGCUGUCUUCAUCCCUGUCCUCAUCAUCUCCUUACUCCUGGGAGGAGCCUACAUUUACAUCACCAGAUGUCGCUAUUACUCCAAUCUCCGCCUGCCCCUGAUGUACUCCCACCCCUACAGCCAGAUCACCGUGGAAACCGAGUUUGACAACCCCAUCUACGAGACAGGGGAAACCAGAGAAUAUGAAGUUUCCAUCUAAAGAGAGUUGCACUUGAAAAGGGAGCUUACAGAGAUGAACUCAACUAUGACCUCCUCAAGAAAUUCAUCCAGAGACCAUGUGGCAUUUAAUGGAAACCCCAGAGUGUCGACUGUCUUUUCUUUAGACUCUUUAUUGAAAAUUUACUGUUUUCUUCAUUGUAUUUAUUAUAUUUAAAAUUGAGAUAGGCGUGGUAGGCUGUAUUGGGGUUGCAGCCAAAUUCAUGUUGCAGCCUCAAUUCUGAGGACAGGAGGAAGAUGUUGCAAAAUGACAAGCAAAGCAACAGAAAAAAGAUGAAGAAGGAAUUAAAAAAAAAAAGCAGAUUAAGUUUCUCCAGUCAGCAAUGCCAUGCUAAGGCUGCAUCAAAUUGCAUGCAUCUAUGCCAGUGGUGUUUUUAGUACAGAUCUAUACCCCAAGACUCAUUUGGGAAGGCUGUUUCUUGUUGGAUUUACUUGGGUUGGAAUUUAGCAUGGGUACUUAAACAGGUCUGCUCCAAAGCAAAUUCUGUGUCCUCUCUCCCAAAUAUACUAGCAUCUAAAAGUCUAGCCACAUCCUUUUGAAGGUUGUUAGACAAACAUUUUCUUCUACCACCCUGGCCUCGCUUGAAUGCUGGCAAAAUAUGGAAAUGUUUUCUUUCUAAAAAGGUGACAGAUGAUGAAGGAAAAUUGUCAGGGAGGAUGAGAGAUGUGAGAGUUCCAAUGAAGAACUGGGUGAGGCGGGCAGUUGGAUGAGGAAAUUGAGUUAAUAAAAUCUUUCUGCCUUUGACACUCCUUCAACAAUGAAGAGCAGGUCGUGUGUGCUACCCGUGUCAGAGCGGGUCACCUGGCUCAGCGGGUCACCCCCAAGCGGUGGUAAUAAAUCCAUGGGCCUGGGGAGCCUGGGUGGCCUCACCCAUACAGUUAGGAGGAUUUGUGUUGAGGGAGUGGCGAGACAUAUCCCAAAAUCCAAGAGUGAGCUCUGUUUUUCUCCUGGGUGCUGGGAUGCCUUGGCCUUCAAAGUAGGGGAGCGCCACAUGCACUGUUUCCCUAAAAGGUAUCACAUUCAGAAGGCACUUGUAAUCAAGUAUUUUGAGGGGUGGGAGGGCCCUAGGAGAAGAAACAAGUUUUCUGUUCUCUGAAGCUCUGUCCAAAUGCUGGGUGGCGGCAGAGUGGGACCGAGAAGUGCCCUGGAGAAGAGGAGAAACUGCAGAUGGGAGUCUGCAUCCUGUGAUCUGAACAUCACAGAGGAGACAGAGAGCAAUUUCAGGCCAGAAGGGAAUUUACAGAACCACACUGCAUCACAGGAGCAUCCUUGUAUCUUACCAGGGUCCAUUAGGUUUGGUGAGUGUGUGACUCUAAGUACAGGUAUAAAGAAAAUGCAGGUAUGUCGUGGAACCCUGGAACCACGUGGAGACAGCCAAUGGCUCAGAGAGGCACACAGGCUUAGCAAAUCUUGGGGUCCUCUUUGGCGCCUUCCAGUGCUUUAUCAAUUUGCUUUAAAUGCACCGGUUUUCAAACAAGAAAAGGACUUUCUGACUGCCGUGCCCUUGGGAGCAUGGCUAGGAGUCCAUGAUUUGGUAGCUGUCUCAGAAACACCUUCUGAAGCAGAAUAGGGAGUUGACUUUCCAUGGGUACUGUCUCCCCACCAGGAGCUCAGACUUUGAUCUUGGGGGUCUGAGUUUGGGAUAUUUUCCUUCUGCCAGAAAGAGAGUCCUGCAUAUUUGCUCCUUAAGGCUACUUCCCAGUCACCCAAAGCCCACCCCAUUUUAUAAAAGAAUCAGAGGAGAAAUGUUGCAUUCCACGAACAUGAACAUGUCAUAUUUGGAGAAAGACCAACAAAUCAAAUAAUGUAACUUUUUUUUUUUAAGGAAGAAUCCAAUCCUUACAUUUAUUUCUAUUUGAGUCUCACUCUAACCCUAGUCCUGGGUCAUCAGGAAGGAAGAUCUCUAUUAAUGAUAUUUGACUUUACUGCAUACCAUGGUUAUGGGAAAAUGAAACAUUUGCCUUUUGUAAAAUAAAAUGUAAAAUCUUUAUUCUAACCUUGUCCCCUAAAGUUGGCUAGGCUAUGGACCAGGAAGUCUUAUUGACUAUUAGAGGGACAGAAAAGGUGUUGAUUAUUUGUUUGUUUGUUUCUUCAGGAUACCAAUGAAUUAGUUCUGUCUCAGUAGUACAGCAUCCGUAACCACGGCGAUGUUUUGAAAGUUUGUUUUAGCCUAGGGAUUGACCACGUGCGCUUGACAAUGUACAGUGUGAUUGAAAAGACAGGUUGAUGUCUUAUUUUUCUUUUUGAAAUAUCUGAAUGUGUGUUUGUAAUAUGUUAAGGUAAAAGAAAAUAAUAAUCAUGCCAAAAAAAAAAAUGUACCAAGCAUCUCAUUUCAGUUCAUCUAUGUCUGUUUUUAUAAGAUCAAUAUAAAAAAAAAAACCAUUGGGAUUAAAUAUUUUUGAACAGGAUACACUCCUGA